UGUGUGGUGUAUAAAAACAGCAGCUCAGCUGGAUUUUCAGGCUGGUUCACUGUCGUUACACCUCAAACAUCAGCUGAUUCGCCUUCAGAGGGUUAAAAUGAAAAGGAACAGCGUUUAUAGGUUUUUAUCAGUCUUCUCGUGUCUGCUUGUGUGCGUUUUCCUGUUCUUUUGGGGUUUUGCCUUUUAUUCGAUGGUUUUGGCACCAUAGGACUCUUAAUGGACUCCUUCAGAAACAACAUACGAUAUUUCGACACACACUUAAACAACUGAACGACUAAUUAAUGUGAUUUAAUAAUAUUUGCGCAUCGUUUAUGAUCGCGUUUAUAAUUAAACACCAUAGUAAACGCGCGCGUGUGUGCUAACACUGCUAACAGCAUUUGUAAAGAUGUCAACACGUUGAACGUACAGCAUUUCCAAUUCGAACAUUAGCAAAAACUGCACCACGUCUUUAAUUCUGUAGCUUAUUCGCUUAUUUAAUUAAUUCUUAAAUCAUUUGUGAAACGAUAGCUCCGUUCUAUUCCAAAACAAACCGACUGCGCAUGCGUGCAGCAUGACUGUGGUCACAUGACGCCAACAAGGAAGUGUUUGACUGUGUGUGAGGACUCCUAACAUCAUCUCGAUGGCGGAAUCCAGUCUGAAGCUUCAGUUCGCCCCGUUCUGCAGUGCUCUGGAGGCCGGAUUCUGGCAUCAGCUCACACAGAAGAAACUCAACGAGUACCGCUUAGACGAAAGUCCAAAAAACAUCAAGGGAUAUUACUAUAACGGUGAUGCUGUUGGUCUGCCGGCGCGCUUGACACUGGAGUUCAGCGCAUUUGAUGCGGAUGGACCCACGCCGGCGCGCUGCUGUCCCGCAUCAGGAACUCUGUACAACACAAACACACUCGAAGCCUUCAAAUCCACCGACAAAAAAGCCCUGCUGGACAAAGCAGCCAAUGAGAUCUGGAGCGCUAUUCAGUCCGGCGCUGCUCUCGAAGACUCUUCAAUCCUCAACAAGUUCAUCCUCUUGACAUUUGCGGAUCUGAAGAAAUAUCACUUCUAUUAUUGGUUCUGCUUUCCUGCGCUCUGCUUUGUGGAGGGCAUCCAGCUGCUGCGCGCGCCGCUGUCAUUAGAGCAGCAUUUCUCUGACAAACAGAUAUCGAGUUUGCAAUCGGCGUAUGAUAAUCUCUGUGCCUCCAGCGGAACGACGGCAGUCCCGCAUUUUCUGCUGAAAUACUCUGAGGAAAGUGUUGAAGUGGCUCCUCUGAAAGAGCUGAACUCCUUCUUCCCGGACCUAAAGAGGGUGGCUGUGGGUGUGUACGACCCAUGCACGCUACCUCAGCAUCCCGGAUGGCCUCUCAGAAACCUCCUCGUCCUCCUCGCUAAAAAGUGGGCUUCACAGCUGGAUGUUGUGGAGGUUCUGUGCUUCAGAGACCGGACUCUCCAAGGCGUUCGCUCCGUCCAGCACAGCAUCAUCUUUCAGCUCAGACUCUCAGACCCGGCGCCUUCUGCAGGAAUCGUCUGUGGACCUGAACCUGAAGCUGAUGCGCUGGAGGCUGGUGCCGGCUCUGGAUCUGGAGAAAGUGGUGUCUACGAGGUGUUUACUGCUGGGAGCCGGAACACUGGGCUGCAAUGUGGCCAGAACACUGAUGGGCUGGGGUGUGCGGCACAUCACGUUUGUGGACAACGCAAAGAUCUCGUACUCAAACCCGGUGCGGCAGCCGCUCUACGAGUUUGAAGACUGUCUGAGAGGAAAGUCUAAAGCGCUCGCCGCCGUGGACAGACUCAAGAAGAUCUUUCCUGGAGUGAAUGCAGAAGGCUUCAACAUGAGCAUCCCGAUGCCCGGACACCCUGUCAACUUCUCAGAUCUGACCGUAGCUCAAGCGCAGCAGGACGUGGAGCAGCUGAAAAAACUCAUUUCUGAACACGAUGUGGUUUUUCUGCUGAUGGACACCAGAGAGAGCCGCUGGCUGCCCACCGUCAUCGCUGCCAGCCAGAGAAAGUUAAUAGUAAACGCUGCUCUGGGAUUCGACACAUUUGUGGUAAUGAGACACGGCCUGAAGAAACCCAGAGAGUCUGAAGAGUCCAGUCCGAUGUCUGCAUCUUCCAGCUCCUCGUCUUCCAACACACCGGCCGCCACUGUUACUGCAGGAUCCUCUCUGUUCUCCAACAUCCCCGGUCACCGUCUCGGCUGUUACUUCUGCAAUGAUGUGGUGGCUCCUGGAGACUCCACCAGAGACCGGACUCUGGACCAGCAGUGUACAGUGAGCCGCCCGGGUCUGGCCAUGAUUGCUGGAGCUCUGGCUGUGGAGCUGAUGGUGUCUGUACUGCAGCAUCCAGAAGGGGGUUAUGCAGUGGCCAGCAGCAGUGACGAUCGCAUGAAUGAACCUCCGACCUCUCUGGGUCUCGUCCCUCAUCAGGUUCUGGAGAACUACGAGCGAGAAGGUUUCCAAUUUCUAGCGAAGGUCUUCAACUCGUCCCAUUCCUUCCUGGAGGAUCUGACCGGCUUAACCUUACUCCAUCAGGAAACACAGGCCGCUGAGAUCUGGGACAUGAGUGACGACGAGAGCAUCUGAACGUCUUCAUCUGUGCGUUCACAUGCUGAAACAGCUCAGAGACUGCUGGAAAUGUUGAUCUGAAGCUUCACGUUACUCCUGAGUCUCCAUCAGACACACAGCAUCAUCUGUAUUAAACGUCCAUAUAUAUAUACACACACAUGUAUUCUGUUUUUCACCCGUCAUUCCAAAGAAGUUUUCAAAACACAGAUUAUUCUUAUAUUAUUUGUUAUUUAAUGAAAGCGAAGACUGUUGAUUCAUUCCAGCAAAACCCUUAAACCUCCAUGAAGACAUCGUAACAGUAAAUCUGUCCAGUGUGUGGAUCCUUCAUCUGAAGAUCUCCACUGCUAAAACAAAGCUUUUCUCAGAGUUUGUGUCUCGUUUCUCAUCGAAAUAUUCUUAAAUCAAGAAGCAUUUUCUAGACACGUGGGCUUCUUUUUUCUGCCAGUGGUGGUUGAUGAAAUGAAGCUGUUUUUGUUUUGAUGUUACUCAUUGAUUUUACUCGCCUCUUUAGAUUAUUUUGAGGGAAAAACUCAAUUCAUUUUGACUCAAAAUGACACAACAUUUUUUUUUUGCUCGUCUAGAACAUGCUUAAGUAUUUUGAGAUAUUUGGACUUGAAACAAGACAAACUCUACAUAAUAAAAGCAUUUCUGCAGUGUCAUUUAAGCUUCUAUUAAAUGUACUUCUAAACAUGAAUCAGCAGACACGAGCUGCAACUCUUAGACUCUCUAAAAGGCUGAAUUUCACUGGCCUGAAUGACCAUAACAACAACAUGCUGAUGUGUGUGUGAGUGUGUGUCUUCACUGUCUGCUUUCAUGGCUUUUUUUUUUGUCCGUUCUGAUAAUAAAACUGAAGCUUCACACAGC